AUGGUGUCUACUCAGUUUCAGGCUCGGGUCAAAUUGAUUAAUUAUACUCCUAGCGGAGUUCUUGAUUUCAAAACUCUGCAUGAUGUGUUUGGUGGACAUGUUUCCCCUGUCUCCGUCUCCAAGUUGCUCCCUAAAGUCUUUGGGUGUAUUGUCUAUGUUCAUGUCUACUCUCAUCAAUGGAGUAAACUUGAUCCUUAUACUGCUCUCAGGAAAGAAACGACCGGUCGCACUGAAGCAAGUGACCAGUCGCCACAUCUGAAGAUGAAAAAUGUGGUCUUUGUGAAGAAACGACCUAUCGCCCUUUGGAACUCAACAGGUAGCCCAUACCUGGAGAUGAAGCAGGUGCUCUCGGUGUCGAAAUGA